UUUUUAUUCUUGCUUAACAAAUGCGCUCGGGUUCUUUAUGGUCGCGCCAGUUUGUAAAAUGCUUUUGAAAACGUUCCCCUGCAUCACGUAACGUCGGAAGUGUAUAGUAUGGAAAAUUUCAACGGCACGUCCUUCGAAACCACCAAUUUCAGUUUGAACGAGGGAUACUGGAACGAAAGCAAUUCAACAUUUGAAAAUCAUAUUGCCAAUACCGUGCCGCAGUGGUUUGUUCAGUUUUACUUUGUAUUUGCUUUCUUUGGAAGCGUGACAAACCUGAUCUAUGCUAUUGCUAUAUUAAGGAGCCGAAGAAAUGGAACAUUAUCUCUGGUACUUCAACUGUCCGUCGUCGAUUGCAUUCUUUUUUACGUGACAGUGAUCGAAAUCUAUAUAAUCCAGAAUAAAUCAUGGACCUUCUCCACGGAAAACUGCCAGCUAUUUAGUGGAAUGGAAAUCUUGACAAACGCUCUAAUAACUUAUCUCAUUAUAUGUCUAAAUUUCCAUAUAAUUUCAUUGUGGAAUCUCCACAAGUACGAAGUUCAGCAAGAGAAUAACCCACUGACGUCCUGUCGAGACGAUUCGGACGAAUGCCUGGUCACAAAAAAUGAGAACAGCAACAGAUCUGUUCACAUAGACUACAGGAAACGUCGCAAUGAUGUAUCUGUCGUGUUUCCGUCGAUUUUCACUUGGUUUAUUUGCAUUUCUUUAAGCAUACCAAGUUUUACUUUGUCUACCACAUUAAGCAUAGACCAAAACUACACAAUAUGCGGUAUAGUAGAUAAUUUCUACGGGGAAAUUAUGCAGAAGUUGUUACUGAUAUUUAAAAUUGUGAUUCCGCUACCGCUGCUGAUAUUUUCUGUAAUCCUUCUUUUGUUAAAGAUUUGUAAGACAACGAAAAACCAAAUUAAUACUUCCUUGGCAAACAAAUUUGAAGAAAUAAGACUACUAUUAAUUUUUUGUCUUAUGAUAACUGUUUGUUUCUUACUGACAUCAUUUCAAAGACACUACUUUUACAUAAACUACUUUUUCGAAUUGACUUUCGACAAGACUGUUACUAGCUUUAGGGCACCACCAUUAUUUAACACGCAUGUCGACUCAAGAGUUAAUCUGUAUUCCUCCAUGUUACAUUACAGCAGCAGUUCAAUUAGAGGUUCUCUGUAUUUUUAUUUGGUGCCUAAGUUUAGGCAAUUACUUAGGAAGAAAUUAUUUUGUUACAACAUAUAAUAAAUAUUCAGUUUAAA